AUGGUUGAAAUUAAUUCAAUGUUUUUGAUUCACUUCUUAACGAUUUUAAUUACCUUUGGAAUGGUUCCUAAUCGUGCUGAGACGGCCCAAACGAUCAUUGUGGAAUCAAGCUCGAGCGUUCUCGGGGAGGAUGAACCGUUGCAAAUUUCCUGCAGAGUCAGAUCUGAUAACUCCAAACCACAAAUUCAAUACAUACACAUACCCAGUGGCGAAGAUGACGCGCUGGGGAGAGUUAAUUAUAACGAAGGGGUUGUUGGUCUAAGGGGUGGGAGUCCAGAAAAAAGGGCCCAAGAAAAAAAAGAGGUUGAUAUAAACUCUGAGUUGUGGCCCAAGACGAAGUUUUCUUACGAAGAAAAGGAUGGGGUGCACGUUUUUAAAGUUGAUAUCCCAGCCCAAAAAACGAAACUUCACCUACGUUUAAAGAACGAGAGUUUAAUAAUCUGCGAGGUGGUUAGGACUUACCCGCUGCCCAGGGUCAGGGUUUUCCUUGCGGGGUCCGACUACACUGACUGGUUUGAUAGGUUCGUAAGUUUGUCACGUGAUGAAGGCGGGAAAUCUUUCUACUACGACAUGGCUAUCUCGUCGAAGUAUCUUCGGAUCACACCAUCGGACGAUCAUAAGAAGGUAAAAUGUCAGGUGGAUUAUCCGUCGGUGGCGCGCAAGUUAGGAGCUUCCGAAAGGCUGUACGUCGGUGAAGUCAGCCACACGAUUGACCUCGUUGAUUACAAACCUACAAUCGAAUGUGAGGACGAUCGAGGAACACUGCGAGCGCGACUACACGAGCAGACUUUCCAGCUAAACUGCUCAAUUUCCUCAAAACCAAAACUCAGCUACUCAGCUAUCAGCUGGCCCCGGCUCACAAAAGGACGCGAGGUUUUGGAAGUUGGUAGCCAACUUGGCAAUUACCAAGUUCUGCUUUUCGAUGAUGAAAACAACAGCAACACGCAGAACUUCAUCUUUCGAAUCAUGCACAUCUACCCACAACACUUCAGAAAAUAUUUAAUUGAAGCCAGAAAUAUGGAAGGGGGAAGUUUUUAUGAGGUGGACCUUAAAGAGAGUGAGUGGGUGGUUAGGAGCCUUCAAAGGGGAAGUUCUUCCUCCACCUGGUUUCCAACCGAUCCUCAGAGAAGCGAGAAGCGCAGCGUCAUCAUUAUCAUCACCGCUGUUGUCAUCAUUAUCAUCACUAUCGACGUCAUCGUCAUCGUCCCUGUCGCUACUGAUGACGUCACAGUGGAGUAG